ACUUUUGAAUCUGGCACGGUCAAGACGCGAAACUCCUCGAUAGAAAUUCAUUAGUGUAAAUCUUGUUUUUUUUUUGUCAGAUACGAUUCCGCGAGGUUAGAAGGUAAAUUUUUCUGCAUUUUUAAAAAAAUCUUGAGUGGACAAUCUGACCGUCAACUGCGUAAACAGAAGACGUGGGCAUUUUUAUACUGGAAGGUGAAAACCAUGGAAAAUGUGUGAGUUGUCAGCUUGCGGGGUUUUUGCUGCUAGUGAUAAUCAUUUUGUGAAUGGUCUGGUGAUUCCCUGAUGGUGGAUUGGAAGAAUAGAAGAAGCAUCAAGGUGCAAGUGCUGUGAAGCUCAGAAAGUGCUGUCAUCAGAAUCGAAGUAAAGAAGGCCAUUAUCCGCGUAAAUUUUCAUUGUGUUUUGUUUGUCGGAAAUCGCUGUGAGAAAAAUGCAGACCAAGCUGGGAAACUUCCAUAUGGUAGCCUCGACCCUGGUGGUUCUAUCUGUUGCGCUGCUGGCAAAGCUCGCCAAUGGAUUAGCGGAGAGCAGUAGCACGGCGGUGGGACGGUUUCCCUUUUUGAUGCCAAAAGUUAUCCCGUACAAGCCCGAGCUGUACCUCUGUACACCAGUCAAGGUAGACUACACCAAAAGCUACUACAUAGUCGGUUUCGAACCUAAUGCCACGAUGGAAACGGCACAUCACAUGCUGCUGUAUGGUUGCGGGGCGCCGGGAUCGGAAGCGGCCGUGUGGAACUGUGGCGAGAUGGCUAAAAGCGACGACAUGAAGGAGGAAACGGGUAGUCCGUGUGGCGCCGGGUCGUCUUCGCAAAUUAUUUAUGCGUGGGCUCGUGACGCGCCAAAGCUUGAACUGCAGGACGGCGUGGGUUUCAAGGUGGGCAAAGAUUCUCCGAUUAAGUACAUCGUGCUGCAGGUCCACUAUGCUGUCAUCGACAAGUUCAAAGAUGGCACAACCUCCGACGAUUCCGGAAUAUUUCUACACUACACGUUGAAACAGAUGAACAAACAGGCUGGCGUUCUGCUGCUCGGCACCGGUGGCUCCAUUCCUCCGAUGAAGGUCGAACACAUGGAAACGGUAUGUGACAUCCGUGAGAACAAAACCAUCUACCCGUUUGCCUAUCGAACACACACGCACAGCUUGGGACGGGUGGUUUCCGGCUACCGGGUGAAAGUCGACGAGCAAGGCCAGAACCACUGGACCUUGUUGGGAAAACGUGACCCACUGACGCCGCAGAUGUUCUAUCCAGUCGAGAGCACCGAACCAAUCCGCACUGGAGAUCGCCUGGCCGCGCGGUGUACGAUGGAAAGUAAUCGCAAUACCGUCACCAACAUUGGGGCCACCAACAAUGACGAGAUGUGCAAUUUUUAUCUGAUGUACUACGUGGAAAACGACGAACCGCUGCAGAUGAAGUACUGCUUCAGCAAUGGUCCACCGUUUUUCUACUGGCACAAUAAGGAUACCGAGCUCAAUAACAUUCCCGACUACGACGCAAGUCACCUGUAAAGUGUGGAUUUCAUCGAAACCCUCCUCCUCAUGUACUGAAACAAUGAGGAGAGACACAAAGCAUCACCAUUCACAUCAUAAAUUAUAGAUACCUGUGUAGAAAACAAAACAAAGUGAGCAGCUAAAGUCUACAACAGUCAAAUUUUAAACUUAUCAUAAACAGGAGCAGGCAAGCUUGACAAAGGAGAAAUCAAUCUUUCGAACCAUAUCAGCUAAAAGGUUUUAAAAAUAGACAACAACAGCUCGAAUCACACCUAUCAUAAGUCGGUUGAGGAAAGCAGGAAUCACGUAGAAAAACAUCGCUUUAAAUUUAAUAACGCCCUUCCUAAAUUUUCAGCGUACUUAGUCUAGUCAUGGAGUGCAUUUCAUGUGGAAAUUCUUUAUUUAGCGUAUCUCUGGACAAAUCAAUCUCAGAUGGGCCUCUCCGACAACCAGAAGUCAUGUGACAAUGAACGGAAUUACAUUGACAACAGGCACUUGAAGUUAAAAUCAAGGCCCAAGACUGCUGUUUAACAAAUUUUUGCGCUUUAAAUUACGCGACCAAGUUAUGUUAUAACAAAUAAAAUUGUAUUUGAUCAGAUAACAAUGUAAUAAGUUAAUUUUUGUACGUAUAAGACUGUUUUGUAUAUUAUACACGCUUUAUUUGUAGUUAAAUCUGUCUGCAUAUAGUAGGCAUAAGUUUGAUACUUAUGAACUCUGGUUGUCUGGUCAGGUUAUAUAUUUUUCGGUUAAGACUUAUUUAUUACGUCCAACGUUCAUUGUUACUUACUUACCGCGUUGCGUAAAUGAUGAUGGAUGUAAUUUGGAUAGGGAACAAAGUGGCAAAUGGAAUCGAUGGUACAAGAGUAUUGCUGUGACACGAACUGGUUGAACCAAUAUUGCAGAGUUUAUAUUAUGUGCGGGGAUGAAAGGGUUGCUGGUAUUAGUACUAUUUACGAACAGGAGACUGGACUCUGAAAUAUAUACUUGGUACGUUGAGUUAUUGCUUUCAAUAGAUCUUUUCUUAGCUGGUUUAACCACUAUCGAGUAAUCGACGUUUGCUGUGAGAGGGAAGACACUGUCAGGAAUUGGUGUGUAUGUACUUAAAUGCAUUUUUUUAUGGGUUCGCUUAGCAAUCUACAAAACUUACGUCCUCAACUUUUACUCAUUGUCACACUCUCUCUGUAGAUAGCUCACUAAACAUAAACACUGAUUUUAUCAAGACAGGUUCAAUUAUACAGAAACCAUUUUUAUCACACAAAAUGUAAAAAAAGUAGCAGAAACUAACUUUAAACACAAAGAGAAACACAAAUUAUAUCUAUCGAUGUAAAAAAAUAUCGAACCAAACUAAAACAUUCCUUAUAUAUAGCGAUACAAAAGAAAAACAGAAACAAGAUUGAACAUUCCAUUCCACCUACCUGAAAAGUCUCCAAGGCACACCAUUAUCCUGAGGUAGCCCAGAAGCGAAAGCAUCCAGGCAGCAUUUUCCAACUCUUCAACCGCGGUAAAUACCUACCUACAAUGAAUUAAAUUCAGCAUUACAGAAAUUCACACAAAAGUAUAUGAUAGAGGAUUACCAACCACAACGUCUGAGAUGAAAAAGACGUAAAUAACUACCAACCAUCUUUUUUGGUAGAAGACAUGAUGAAACAUACAAAAACAGAAAAAGAAGAAGAUUGCAAAUCCCUCGUAAGUGUAAAAUAAUUAACUCUAAAAUUAAUAUGGUUCAAACAAACAAACAAACAAGAAAAGUAUCAUAUAUCAUACAUAAAUUUAUGCAGGAUUUGAUGAUAGCUAUCCUACAUGUAAUAAUAUUAUGAGCAACACAGGCAUCGGAGGAACACUGGAAGUGUAAGAUUCAAACUCUAGAAGAGGGACGGAUAUUUAAAAAAAAACAAUCGAGCACAGAUGUAGUAGGAUAUUAUACUAUGGGAUAUACAUUAUUGCUGAUAGCUCUAUGGAUACAACAGCAUAUAUGAAGCACAAUAAAACAGGCAAGAAACUAGUAUUCAUAUUCAUAAAA